GACUCUGUGGGCCAGUGCUGGGCCGGCGUGUGUACGGUGCGGGUGUAGGCUGCGUGUUCUCAUCUCCCCACAUAUUGUCAAUGGCGGGAGAAACACAUCCCCGCCUUCCGUUGUGCUUCUAAUUUGUGAUCUGAAGGGACAUGAGUUAAGAUUUUAAAACUUGCCGAAAAUUUAUGACUGAAGUGUAAAAGAAGUGAAGCUUUUAAGUGUAUGUGUAAGAUGAAGUGAGUGAGGGAGUGUGGCGGCGGUGGCUGUCUGGCAGGAAGGUUGAGGACAGGUGAGGGGGACGCGGCACAUUGCCCCGCCCCCCCUACUGCCAGGUCACAGUGUCACUCAGUGAGUCAUUGAGAGGUAAAAUGCCGUCAGUGACUCCCAAUGAGCCAGGACUACUGGAGGGGUCACCUCCCCCACCCGUAAGUCCCGCCCCCUCCAUGGAGCUGGGCGGGUCUCUCGGGGACAUGACCUUCACCUCACAGUGCUCUGUAGAGUCUCUGGGCUCUCUUGAUAGUGGUCAUAGCUCAGCAGACAAUGGUACCACAGACAGUCCCUCCCCCGGUGCUAACAGUCCCACGCCCAUUAUCAACACGCCGCCCGCCAUUAACACUAGCUCCACGCCCGCAAGCCCUCGGGUCCAUGGUGGGGAGUGUACCUACAGUCCCAGGAUCAGUGUGUCAUCCAUGGGCUGCCAGGACCGUCCAGCAUCCAGGAUCGACAGAUCCCUGUCCAACACAUCCACAACUUCCAUCAAUUCCGAUUUUUCAUUAAAUUCCAAUGAAACUAUGAGCUCCAGUACGACACUCAACUCGAGUGCCACCCUCGCCUCCGACCACACCAACACCACGUCCACCUCCACCUCCUCCACCACCAUAGUGACACCCAGAAAGUCCAAGGCGGAGUUAGAUGCGUACAUUGAUCACCUAGACUCUCUGUGGUCACAGGAGGAUGAGUGGAUUAUGAUCUUUGAUAAUUUGAUCAAGAACACUGAAGCCUCCACAAGAACUAGGAGACACACCCACCACCACAGUCACUACCACAAAAGUGGCACCACCAGCUACCACUCCUCGCCUUACAACUCUCCCUACAAGAGAGUUUUAAGAAAUCGUUACGAAGAUGAAGAUUUGUGGGUCAAGGACAUAACUCACACCCGUGCUCUUGUUUGGAUACAAGUGAGGAUGGACUCCAUACUCAUCUACGGUGGCAUCAGAGGAAUAACACAUAACUCAUCAAUCUGGAGCAACGUCGUCAUCGACUUGGAUGGACUGCCAUAA